GAGAAGCUCUUCCUUUGCGGGGUUGACGUCUUUCGGCUCAACUUUUCGCACGGCGAGCAUGAGGAGAAGCUGGAUCUCAUCGAUAAGAUCCGCGACAUUGAGGACAAGUACAGGCAUCCCAUCGCCAUUCUGGGGGACUUGCAGGGUCCGAAACAGCGCUGUGGCAAGUUCGAGGAUCCCGAUGGCGUGGAGCUGCAGCUCGGUCAGCUUUUUCGUUUCGACAUGGACCCCGCGCUGGGCAACGAGAAGCGGGUCCAGCUGCCCCACCCCGAGAUUUUGGAGGCUCUGGAGCCUGGGAAGGAUCAGCGCCUGUUGCUGGAUGAUGGCAAGAUCCGGAUGAAGGUGGUUCGCAAGGGUUACCUCGUGGAUGGCGAGGAAGUCGAGCAGGAAGCAGCUGGAGCCACACCUUUCGUGGAAUGCGAGGUCACCGUCCCCGGCCACCUUGGAGCCCGGAAGGGUGUGAACACGCCGGACGUCAUCCUGAACAUGUCUCCAAUCACCCCCAAGGACAAAGCGGAUCUGAAGUUCUGCUGCAAGCACGACGUCGAUUGGGUCGCCAUGUCAUUCGUCCAGAAGCACGAGGACAUGAAGGAGCUGAGAGCCCUGGUGAACAGUGAGGAGUUUAAUCAGCCCGACUUGAAGCUCUUGGCCAAGAUCGAGAAGCCCUCCGCAGUGGAUGAUCUUCAGAAGAUCUUGGAAGAGUGCGACGGUGUGAUGGUGGCCCGCGGGGACCUGGGAGUCGAGAUGAACCCCCAGGACGUGCCUUUCGUGCAGAAGGAGAUCAUUCAAAGUGCCCGUUUCGUCGGGAAGCCUGUCAUCGUGGCAACGCAGAUGUUGGAGACAAUGAUCACCAACCCGAUGCCAACACGCGCGGAGUGCAGUGAUAUUGCGAAUGCCAUUAUCGAUGGCUGCGAUGCCGUUAUGCUGAGUGGUGAGUCUGCCGUUGGCAAGUACCCAGCAGAGGCCGUGGCUAUGCAGCGCCGGGUCAUCGAGAGUGCGGAGUCGCGUGUUGAUUUCGCAAGCGUGAACUCGGGAAGGAUGGAAAAGCAGCACCUCACCGACACGCAGAUCGCAACAGAAGCCGUUCUCAGUUCUGCGGCGACCCUGGCCGAGGACAUGAAUGCCUGUGGCAUGGUAGUCUUCAGUGCCACUGGAGAAUCGGUGCGGCUUCUGGCGCAGAGGCGACCAACGGUUCCGAUUCUUGCGAUAUGCCGAUGCCUGGAAGUGGCUCGGCAGGUCGCUCUUAUGCACGGCGUCUAUGCCAUCUUUGACCACGAGGUGGCGAAAUUCUCGUCAGAGGCGAGCAGGCCAGAGAACUUUGACAAAGUCCGCUUUGCCACAGGUGUGGAAAUUGGUUGUCGGAUUGCCCGCGAGCUUGCCUUGCCCAAGAGCGAGGAAGACUGGCUGGUAGUGGUUGCGCGUCUGCCACUCUUCUCGCAGGGCUGCUUGAAUGCCAGUCGUCUCAUCCAAGCUGGCGGACCGAAGAAAAUGGACGGGUAUGGCUCCCAGAAGACGUCCGAGGAUGAGGAUGAGCUCGGGAGGCGAGUGGACGAGAACGGCAUCCACCAGCUCCUGUUUGCGGAGGCGAAGCCAAAGUCGCGCACGCCCCGCAUCCACGGUUUGCUCGAGAGCCGCCAGCCCGCCACCGAUGUGGCCAACACAAUCUUCAGUGGUGCUGACGUGGCCCCGAAGGAAGAGGCACCCGACCUCGCGCCCAUGCUGGAUGCUUUCGCAUCCUCGCGCACACCGUCUCCGGUGAAGCGGCGCAGUGCGCGCCAGGAUGAUGGUGUUCAACUCAUUGCUGACAGACAAUUUGCCCAGAACCUCGCCAUUUCCAUGGUUCGUGUGAAUGUGGCACAACUGGCGCUGGCAGCCGCCUCCAUGUCGCCGAAGCGAGCGGAGUUCUCUGAGCCGCGCGACUGGGAGCAGUCUGAGAACCUGGUCGACACGCUGGCGAGUAAGCCAGACCAGGAUCCGCUGCUUGCCAUCCAGGCGUACUUGCAGGAGGGCAAAGAUCCCGGCAAGCUACGCCUUAUCGAACAGAAGCUGGUGCCACUGGCACCGAUCCCCCGCGUAGUGCAGCGCCUGCAGCUCAUCUUCCUGGCCCGGACUCUCUCUGCUUGGGAGGAGUCGGCCAGGUCAGCAGUGGGCUUGUUGGUCAACACUGCGACUGCGGUCAAGAACUGCUCGCUGAUGCGAGAGGUGGUGAAGAUUAUCCAGGAGACGCUGCAGUGGAAUGCAGCGCCUGGCAUGCCGUCACAUGCAAGGCCGCGCGUUUUUCCGGUGGGAAAGCAGCUUCAACGGCUGAACACCCUGAAGCCCACGGGCGACCUACUGCCGAAGAGGUUUCCCCGCUACACCUACGUCCAUCUUCUGGCCGAGGUGCUGAUUUUCAAGAUUGGCCUUUGUCUUGGUGCCGACCCCUUCGCCGAAGCAGUCGGCUCACAGCUCGGCCUGGCUGCCAAGACCAACCCGGAGCUCGCCUACGAGGAGCUGGCACGCCUUCGACGUGGCCGCCGUGCUGCCGAGGUAGAACUCAGCGGCCAUGGCUCUUCUUACGGCCCAUCGUCCAAGGAGGCGCUACCGCCGCAGGUGUUCGACAUCGAUGCCGAAGUCACCUGCGAGGCCGUGACAGAGAUCCGGCUGGAGGAUUGGACGUGCGGCGUUUCGGGUGGUUCCAACCUGGCCACAGGAGACGACAACUGCAGGGAGAGCCACAUUGACGCUCCCUCCACACUUCGAAGAGGAGCCAUCGGAGGCCGUCCCAUCUCCUCCUGCUUUGUGAAGCAGGGCGUGGGGCCUUUAGGCCUGCUGCAAACAGGGUCUCGUGGUGGCCGGCCUACGCUUUCUUCUUUCUUUGGGAGGUACUGGGAACUGGAGCUGACUAGGCAGCCUACGCUGGAGGAUGGUGGCAGGAGCCGCAGCUGCGCCAAGUGCAUCAGCACUUCGUUGCGGAAUGGUGCUGCGUGUCCAUACAACACAACGGCUGACACCGCGCCAACCGGGCUCUUUCGUGUGGCUCCUGCAGCCUCGUUUGUUCCGACGGCCGGUGUGGGAGAAGCAGUCCUUGCCGGCCUGCUGACAGCAUGCUCUUCAGUCCGCAUGCACGAUGAGUCACAGCUCCAAGCUGCCACGCAGGAGCCACCAGGACGUCCGAAAGCCUUGCUCUAUGCGACUUACGGCUUCUGGGGUGAUUCCCUAGCCUCGCUAGAAGAUACUAUCGUCACCUGCUACACGGCCGUCAACUUCGAUUUUGCCAGCUGCAUCCGCAAGAAGAUUAGACAGGCCUGGAGUGACGACGCCUACAACGUCGUCGUGUCCACUUCCUCGGCUACAGUUGGCUUGAGCCUGGCUCCGGUCGACACUGAGGCAACUUUCGAGUGGGGCAACUACAGCAUCUACAUUUGGUCUCCGGCCUCGGGAAAGAGCAGAUAG